UCCGCUCCGCACCGUUCCGCGCCGUGCCGCGCCGCGCGCUUCGUAUCCGCGCGAUGUCAGGCGUAUCCUCCGUUUAGUGUGAGACGACGGACGUCGAAGAUGCACGCUCGCGAGCUUCCUCCUGCACCUGCACCGCGCCGUUAGCACCGGGCCGCCGAGGGAAAGAAGAGCAUUGAAAACCGGCCGCCUUCAGUCAUGUGAUUCCACGAAGACUCGCACAAUUAGUAGAACACGGUUGUAAGUAUCUUGUUUUAAGCCUCGAGAACUCCUUAUCGUGAGUCCACACGCGGCGGACUGGGUGAUGAGCUCGUGGCACAAGUGGAAGACUGCCACCGUUGAAAGAUGUUUCGCUCCAAGAUUCGCAUUCACACGUGUCAAGUGAUACUGCUGACGUCAUUAGUAUGGUUCCUGGUCGAUGUCAUGGUGCUCAUGCUCUAUUCGGACUGCAUCGGAGGGUCUGGAUGGGGCUGCUCGGACAGCAAGCAACAACAGGCGCUCCAAUCCGAAGAGCCUCCUCAACUGCUUCCGAAAGCCCAGAUCAGAGAGCCGCAGGCAAUAAUACAGGACUAUAAUAAUAAAAGACAAUAUCUACAGUCGCAGCUGCACCUGUGGCGGCCAGCGAAAGUCAUCAAGGAGAAUAAAGGGAUGCCCGGCGAGAUGGGAGCGGCAGUGGCCAUCCCGCCGGAGAACGAUGCUAAACAACAGGAACUGUUCAAGCUAAAUCAGUUCAAUCUGAUGGCCAGCGAUAUGAUCUCCUUAAAUCGAUCCUUAAAAGAUAUCAGACUCGAAGGUUGUAAGAAUAAGAAAUACCCCAAGUAUCUUCCAGACACGAGUAUCGUGAUAGUUUUCCAUAACGAGGCAUGGACUACUCUACUGCGGACAGUCUGGUCCGUGAUAAAUAGAUCUCCUAGAUCGUUGCUGAAGGAAAUCAUCCUCGUGGACGACGCGAGUGAGCGUGAGCACCUAAAGCAAGAUUUGGAAGACUACGUAACUACGCUACCCGUGCCCACGUAUGUCUAUCGCACAGAAAAGAGGUCGGGUCUGAUAAGAGCGAGGCUGUUAGGGGCAAAGCAUGUCAAAGGACAAGUAAUCACGUUUCUAGAUGCGCACUGCGAGUGCACCGAGGGUUGGCUGGAGCCGCUAUUAUCAAGAAUUGCUAACGACAGGCAUACCGUUGUCUGUCCAAUCAUAGACGUAAUCAGCGACGACACCUUCGAAUAUAUCUCGGCCAGUGAUAUGACCUGGGGAGGUUUCAAUUGGAAGUUAAACUUCAGAUGGUACAGAGUUGCACAGAGAGAAAUGGACAGGAGGAAUAGCGACAGAACGGCACCGCUACGAACACCGACUAUGGCCGGUGGAUUGUUUUCUAUUGAUAAAGAAUACUUCUACGAGUUGGGUGCGUACGACGAAGGCAUGGACAUCUGGGGUGGUGAAAAUCUUGAAAUGAGCUUCCGGGUAUGGCAAUGUGGCGGAACAUUAGAAAUCAGUCCGUGUUCACAUGUGGGACAUGUAUUCCGGGACAAGAGUCCAUAUACAUUCCCUGGUGGUGUCAGCAAGAUAGUCCUGCACAAUGCGGCUAGGGUAGCCGAGGUCUGGAUGGAUGAGUGGAGAGAUUUUUACUAUGCCAUGAAUCCAGGAGCGCGAAACGUCGAUGUCGGUGAUGUUUCCGAGCGGAUAAAACUCAGAGAACGAUUGAAAUGUAAAAGCUUCAGAUGGUACUUGGAGAAUAUAUAUCCAGAAUCACCGAUGCCGCUAGAUUAUUACUAUCUCGGUGAUGUGAAAAAUAUUGAAACGCAAACUUGUUUGGAUACUAUGGGCAGAAGAACCGGAGAAAACGUCGGAAUUAGUUAUUGUCACGGAUUAGGUGGCAAUCAGGUAUUUGCUUACACUAAGCGACAACAGAUAAUGUCUGACGAUAUGUGCCUUGAUGCAGCUAAUCCACAAGGUCCAGUAAAGAUCGUACGAUGUCAUGGCAUGGGUGGUAAUCAAGCAUGGGUUUACAGUGAUGAGACCAAAAUGAUUAAGCACACAAACACGGGUUACUGUUUAUCAAAACCCCACUCAGGCGAUGCAGCACAACCUGUCUUGGCGCAGUGCGAUGUCAACAACAUCGGUCAAAGAUGGAUUAUGCGUAGCAAAUUUAAGUGGCAGGCCAGCUAAUACGAAUCAACUUUAAAUGCCAGAUCUAUAUGCAAUACUUGUUAAUAUGUUUAAUAAAUGGUAACCGAUGGACUGAUCGCAUAGGAUCUUCCCAAGAGUGUGUGUACGAGAAAAGAGAAUGAAGUAUUAUAACCAGUGGCGAAGAAACGAUUCAAUAUUACAUCUAAUGUGUACGUCAAAUAAAUUGAUAGUGCGCGAGGAAUCGAUUCUCGUCAGAAUCACAUCAGAAAUUGUAGUUAAAAAUAAUUAGAUUCUACAAGAUUUAUUUAUCAUUGAUGAAGCAGUAUCGAGAAUUUACUGCCAUUCUUUGUGGUACGGUCCUUACGAUACGCCUUGCAAUGCACAA